AUGAAGGUCAGGAAGAGAAGUCCGCUUUGCAGGAGGAACCCCCAAGCAGGUAACGACGACAGUCAUGAUGGGGGACUCCUCGAUGAAUACUACAACACAAUUCCGGGCAUCGAACUACAGAUAGAGAAAAUACUUGAAAGUUUCCACGUCAGUAAAUACGACUAUAAAAUUACGCACCUUUUAAUUGACAUAAUACAAAAUGAGACGAUAAAAAUUCUGAGGAAUGCCAAAAAUAUAAAAAAGAAUGGCAUUGAUAGGAGACUCUACAUUAAGGCUGACCCCACAAAGAGGGAGGACAGGAAGGAGGAUCAUGUCAGUCCUAAUUUGGUGGGAAGCUCCAACAGUGGUGAUGACACAAAAAAGGAUGACGCAAGUAAGGGGAUGGUUGAAGGUCAGCCAAGAACUGACCAAAGUAAUGUAACUGCAGACAUUUCCAACGAUGCAAGCGGGGCUAAUUUUAAAGGUGGAGUUAUUGACGAUAGGGCAACACAGGCAGUGUCACUUGGAAUGGAAGCCCCCCCGGCGAAUGAGCGUGACGAGCAGGUGGAGAAGCAGAAUCAGGGAAAUGACAUUCAGGCAGACGUGGGGGUGGCCCAAACGCAGGAGCAGAGUCAUGAUAAGGGCGGCCUUGCCGAAUUGUCAUGUGGGGUAGAAGAAGGCACGAAAAAGGAAGCCGCAGGGGGGGGUAAAGAAGAAAGCCAGGUUGAUGUUCAAAAUGGAGAGGAGAAGAAACAGGUGGAAGCUGAGACCCUCCAAACGGGGCAAACUGAGCAAAAUGGCCAAGAAGGCCAAACAGACCAAAACUCCGAAAGCUUCAGUAUCUUCAAAACCUUUUCGAGCUACUUUGCCAAAGUAAAUAAACCAAAUGAGGAGGAAGGAGAAAGCGCGCCUGAAAAGUCGGGGAACGAUGAAAGUAAGAAUAGAGAAGCAAUCGAUGACCCACCAAAAGUAAAUAACCCCCAGAACGAAAAUGAAAAUGUAAAUCCUAGUGAUAACCCAGCAGGUGCUGGCAACCAUUUUCUGAAUGAUGCAAAGAACAAUAUUAAGGAGGAGACGAAUGACACCAUCAAAGAGGGUGUGCCCCAUGGGAUGAGUAGCAGUGGCCAGAAUUUAAACCCAGGGGAUGGUGCAGGAAUGGCCCCAAAUAAGAACCAAAUGGACGAAGCGGGAAAGGAAACAAACCAAGUUGGGAGUGGCGUGUCGGAGGAAGUACAAAAUGGUGAUGAGAAGGAAGGCGCAAAAGACCAAGCAGAGCAACCACAGAGCCAACCCGCCACCACGACGACCACCACCGAACAGGAAGAAGUGCUUGUGAUAGACGAAGAAAGCGUCAACCUAGCCAUAAAGGAGUACGUCCUAAAGUACAUUUAUAAAAAGAAGAACGUGGAUUUCUUGUACGACGAAUUGGCAACUCAACAGAAGGAAACCAACUCGGCGGGCAUAGUAGACAGGAACGUCAGAUACCCAACUGGAUUCCCCCCCUACCUGCCAGAUGACUGCUCCAUUAAUACUAUCCUCCCUGCGUGGGACAUAAAGUAUAAUUUUAAUUCCUCCAAGGGGGAAAGUUACCAAUGA